CGGGACCGGCCGGGAGCUGCCCUGGUGUUCUCUCGGAGCAGGAGGCGCAGCGGGACUCGAUGGCCAUGUGCUACGGGAGAUGUGCCCGCUGCAUUGGGCACUGUCUGGUGUGGCUGGCCGUGCUCUGCAUGGUGGCGAAUGUCCUGCUCUAUUUCCCCAACGGGGAAACAAAGUACGCCUCGGAACACCACCUCAGCCGCUUCGUCUGGUUCUUCUCCGGCCUGGCUGGAGGGGGCUUGCUGGUGCUGCUCUCGGCGUCCGUGUUCAUCGCGCAGGAGGAGGAGGACUGCUGCGGUGGCUGCGGUCAGGAAGACUGCGGCAAGAGCUGCAGGACGCUCUCUUCCAUCCUGGCCGCCCUCGUCGGCAUCUUGGGAUCCGGCUACUGCGUCGUUGUGGCCGCUCUGGGCCUGGCAGAGGGACCCUUGUGCAUGGAUUCCCGCGGCCAGUGGAACUACACCUUUGCGGACACGGAUGGAGGGUACCUCCUGGACAGCUCCACCUGGUCCCGGUGCCAGGAACCUGAGCAUGUCGUAGAGUGGAACGUCACCCUGUUCUCCCUCCUCCUGGCCCUCGGUGGAGUUGAAUUCAUCCUGUGCCUCAUACAAGCCAUCAAUGGAGUGUUUGGAGGCCUCUGUGGGUACUGUUGCUCGCGCCAGCAGAGAUACGACUGCUAAGACAGAGCCGCCCCGCCGAACGCAGCUCCCUGUAUUUAUAUACUACUCGUACUACUGGGAAACUCUGUGCUCCACUUUCCACUCUGCCUUUGUACAAGAAUAAAGACCGGCGUCUCUAUGAGAUCUCAGUGUUUCAACGUCGCAAAGAUGAUGAUGAUGUUUUAAGGAAUGAGAAAACAUAAAAUGGUGCUCUGGAGCUAGUCACCAACCCAACAGCCUCUGUGUACGGGGAGAAGCUAACUGUCAUCGUUAGGAGGAAGUCCACUGCCCCCUGCUGUGUGUGCGCGCGCAGGCACUGCUUUCUAAGUGAGAGGUGUCGGGUUGCUUUUCCUAAGCCCAGGCAGAGGAAGGCCGCGACCGAGGCUGGGGUCUGCACCAUCGGCCGGCUCUUCCCCGCACACAUCCUCCAGCCUCCACAAGGGGCCUCCGCGCCUCUCUGCUCUGAGAACGCCCGAGGCUCGGCCUCCUCAGCACGAAAGCUCUUUGCCCUGCAAAGACAAAGGGCGUGUGCCACGAGAGGAGGACCAGGGAGGACACGGAGGACCGGGAACACAGCCACGGGUCACCGACGUGGGCGGGGGGGGGGGGGGGAGGAGGGGGAGAGGCCCCCUCUCCACCCAAGGCUGGCUUGUUGGAGACGAAAUAAAACGUUCACUGCCA